ACACCAUGCCUGGCCACGCCCUGGUCAGCUGCCUGCUUGGAACAGAAAAGGGCUGCCCCGGCGAGCGCGCACCCCAAGGUCGGGGUCCAGGAUGGUCCACACUCCCUCUCUCGUCCUUCACCUGUACACCGUCUCCCCCGGAGAAGCUGCAAGCGGAACCCCACCCAGUUGUAAUCCAUCGGAGGACCAGUCGCGCCGCCUCAGUUACAUCCGGGAACCUGCAAACCCCCGCCCCAUCCUGGUCGUCAUCUCCCCGCGCCGCCACCGGAAAGUGUGGUCGCGGUCGCUCACGGUUCGCUCGGCUCCUUGGGACCUUAAAAAUGCACCGCUGUGCUCUCAGCUGAGUGAUGCGCUGGCUAACGCCGCUGGCCCGCAGAAUUACCCUGGGUGCCGUGCUCUACAGCCACGAUUGCUGCCCGAUAGGGAUGUUCUACGCGGUACGGAGGGGCCGCAGGACCGGGGUCUUCUCGACUUGGAAUGAGUGCAGAACACAGGUGGACCGGUUUCCUGCUGCCAGAUUUAAGAAGUUUGCCACGGAGGAUGAGGCCUGGGCCUUUGUCAAAAAGUCUUCGAGCCCAGAUGGCUCAGAAGGGGAGAAAGAUACACAAGAAGCACAGGUGAGAGCCAGCAAGCGGCUCUGGCAGCCUCUGGAGGACAGUGAAAAUGCAGACACAGAGCCGAGUGCCAAGCUCGUGAGGCAGAACACAGUCCUGGCCCCUCCUGUUAGCGGGGACACGUUUUCUUACAUGGGAGACUCCGUUGUUGUCUACACUGAUGGCUGCUGCUCCAGUAACGGGAGGAAGAGGGCACGAGCCGGCAUCGGCGUCUACUGGGGGCCCGGCCACCCUCUGAAUGUGGGCAUCAGACUCCCCGGGCGACAGACCAACCAGAGAGCGGAAAUCCAUGCAGCCUGCAAGGCCAUAGAGCAGGCCAAGACCCAGAACAUCAGCAAGCUGGUGCUGUGCACGGACAGCAUGUUUACCAUCAAUGGGAUCACCAGCUGGGUCCCGGGCUGGAAGAAGAAUGGGUGGAGGACAAGUGCGGGGAAGGAGGUGAUCAACAAGGAGGACUUCGUGCGGCUGGAGGGGCUCACACAGGGCAUGGACAUCCAGUGGAUGCACAUCCCCGGCCACUCGGGAUUCACGGGCAAUGAGGAGGCGGACAGGCUGGCAAGGGAAGGCGCCCGGCAGUCUGAAGACAGCGGAGUCACCCAGGACCCAGGACUUGGGAACCAGGGCUGUGGGGACCUGUUGUCCCCGGUGUGCACCGUGAGCCCUACUGGGCCUCUGCGGCCAGAUGCAGCUUCCCUCUGAGACCGAGCGCUCCUUGGCGCCUAGGCGCAGCUGGACCCUGCUUACAAAAGCAGCAGAGUUGAGAGAGGUGCGCAGGUUCUGGGAGGUGUUGGUGCUGUGCUUAUUGGGCUUGAUACUGUUCCCUCUUGUUUUAUUGCAGCCUGGCCCAAAGUGCUUGAGCUUUGAUUUAAAUAAGAAAUCAGUAAAAAUAAAAUAUUGGAGACAGGAUGUUGCUCAGUGGUGCCACUGUGCCUGCCUCACAAGCGCAAGGUCCUGACUUCAGUCCUUAGUACCCCCCAAAAAUAAAACAUUGGAACCGGGCACUGUGGCACUUGUGUGAUCCCUGCAUUCUGGGAGGCUGAGGCAGGAGGAGCACAAGUUUGUGCUCAGCUGGGGCAACUUCACAAACCUUGUCU